GUACUGAACCUGAACUCCGGGGGCCGCAGCCAGUGGUCGACAGGCUCCUACGCCGCCUCCAUGGUGAUGUUUGCCCUGGUACUGGCGCCCUUGGUUGGCCAGAUCUCCGUGCCUGCUCUUGCGGGCAUCAUGGUUCAGGUGUCCUUAGACACAAUCCAGUUUGUACCGACCUUCGAUGCCAUCAAAGCCGCCUUGGAGGGCAAGGAGGAGGAUUCAAAAGUCCGACUUGCUAUCCUGGCGAUAACCGCCGUGCUCUGCUACCAGGUGGACUUCGCCGUAGGCAUCGUCACCGGUGUAGCGCUUGACAAGGGCGCAGAAGCACUGAAACUCAAGAAGACCAGCUGA